AUUAGAAAAAUUGGUUUUAAGCGACAAUAAACUCACUUCCGUGCCUCAUGAGUUACCUCCAAGUCUGAACCACUUGGACCUAUCGAACAACCUUUGUUAUCAAACGACGUCUUCAAUGGACAUCAUUCUUCCGUUUUCAGGAGAGUAUCGUUUGCGAACAUCAAAACUUUGUGCAUUGGGGACGAAGGCCCACAGCUACCGACUGAAUUAUCGAGUGAUUUAUCCGCCUUGAUGCGCUUACAGAAUCUUACGCUCUCCGCUAAACGGAAUGAUGAUAAUACUGAUCUCACCGACAGGACGGCUAAAGAUCUUGAAAAACUGAGGUCUCUAGUCGAGUUGAAUUUAGAUCACUACAAAUUGAAGGAUAUUCAUUUCAUCCGGCCCCUUGACAAGCUGGAAGUACUUCGACUACACAAUAUUGCGCUAUCGAAAAAGAUUGAACCAGCGGUUUCUCAGAGAGCGACGCUUCAGGACAAGAAAUAUAUCAAAAUCCUAAGCUUAGAUGACAGUCCAGAUUUAGUUGAACUAAUACGACCGUUUUUUGUGUGUUUCCCAAACUUGCGGACUAUCAGUCUGCAGAGAACGGGCCUUAAAACAUUACGCGCGGACGACUUCGCCUUAAAUGUGGUGCACACCCUACGCUUGGACAUCAGUUACAACCCUUUGGCCUGCGACGCGGACCUGGACUGGAUUUGUAGCGAAACGAACAACAGUGGCUCCAACUUCACCCUCUUAGAGGCUGAGAACACCUACUGCACCAAGCCGCACCUGAUCCGACUUACCAAGUUCCAGGCCCAGAAUGCUCAGGUCAUGAAUCGGGCGACUCCUCGGCCCGGUUUCAAAGACAAGUACCUCACGGACGUCAAUAUCGUCACGGCCUCUGACAUCAUCUUCGUGUGUUUGACCCUGUUGCCUGUCGCCAUGUUCAUCUUACACCUCAUCGCUUCUCAUCGCAAUCGACAACGCUCUAUGUCCACUGUUUAUCUGAGACAAAAUAGUGGUGAUAGGUACUUGAAUUGAACGAAUGGCUGUGAUAAUCAAAAUUCGAGCGCGAAACCAGGAACAUUUUGAAGGGGGACCAGAAGGGCACCUUAUCAAGAAUAAUCUGAGAAGGGUCUGAGGAGGAUCACCAGAGACAAGAGACCCUCCACUGGCCUCUUGGUGACAGGUGGAAGCUUUUACUUUUGGGGAUUCAACAAUGCCUUAUGGACAAUUAUGAGGGAGCAACAGUCAUCACUCUUUUUUCGGCCUAUGACCUACCAGCAUUUUGGAUGAUGAGCUUCGGGUGACGUUAUGAGCUAAACAAGAUUUCCAAACUUCGGCUUAGUUGCAAAACGAAACUGCCAACACGUUGCUAAACAUCAAUCAUGUCGGUAAGUCAACAGUUUAAUGUUGAUGUACCGGAAGUAAAAGCUUCCACCACAGUCGAGAUACGAGUGGAGGGUCUCUCAGGCCCGACCUCCUCAUAGUUUCGCCCACAAUACGAGGGAUCGCAUCCGUCCUGAACCACGGAUGUCCCUUCAGAGCACUCUCUUAAGAGUUUCUACUAAAAAAUAUAAAAUAAAAACUUGUAUCUUCGGAUUUGGGCUCUCAGUGCAAAUGAAGGUUAUCACGGAUGAGUUAAUUAAUAAUUGAAAGUAUGUGACUCCCUGAAAAACGUGGUUUAAGUCACCACACUACGUGGAAGCUUACGACACACGUCAACGAUUGGCUCGAUAACAGAUGGGAAAAAUAAGUAAAAUAGUUUUAUUUUUCAUGAAGUUUGCACUGUGACAAGCUUUCCCUAAAAUGACAAAUCAUUUUGUCUUCUU